AUGGAUUUCCAUGCUGCACCAAAGGAUCAGUGGAGAUUGCAGAGAUGCGGUGAAACAUUUCAGCUAGAGGCAGACGCGCUAGAACAGAAGCCCCAGCCCAAAGUGGACCUGGCCCCAGACCCAGACCCAGACCUGGAGAUGGAACCAGUGCCGUCUUUACUGGAGUCAGAGCUGUACCCAGACUUCAAGCCUGAAGCUGAGCUGGACACAGAAGCCAAGUGGAACAAGGAGGCUGGCUUCAAAAGAUUCCUGCAGCCAUUGUGCAGGAUAGAAUCCGUCCACUCCAACAUAGGGCUGCCCGUGCCGCAGACCUUCAGACCGCGGAGUCUGAAUUCAAGCCACCAUAGUUUCACAGAGGAGAAACAGGUGUCUGCCAACCACUGCUCCAUCAGCGCACAGACCUCCAACCACCUCUUCUGGGCAAACAAGCUCAUCCAGGCCUCAGAGCACAGCCUGCAGCGGGCCAUCCACACGCAGCUCAACAACACCAGCACAAGCCAGCUCACCAGAGCCCCCGGCCGGGCGGCCGUCACCACCAACACCCUGUGCUCCGAGGAGCAGCUCCAGACCCCCAACGCCCGCUCAGCUCCUCCAGCCGCAAGCUCCCAGGCGCCACCAAGCCCCCUCCUGCCCUCAGAUCUCCCGCCACCCAUCGGCCUAAGAGAGCUAGUCACCUUUGCAUCUUCCCUGGCCAUGGCCUCCUCCAGCAGGAUGGACCUGCCCACUUUGGAACACAGGAUGAAAGCUCCACCCCAGCAGGCUCCAGAGCCUUCCACAGAACGCGUCCUGACCGCUACGAAGGAUGGAGAGCCAGAAAAGCACACAGAGACCCUGCCGGGAAAACCAUGUGAAGCCAGAGCUCCACAGAAAUCUUGGAGUCAGGAAAGCAAGAAAUUUCCUCACUCUUACCUUGACUUCAGCAAGCCAGGGAUCAGGAAAGCCACCAUCGAAGGGGAAAUGCAGCUUCUCCAGCCACCAGUCACGUCCCCUCCGCUGCAGGGAGUCAACGAAGACUCAGUGCCGGGAAAAGAGAAAGAGAAUCCACUAUUGGUGAAAAUCCAUUUUAAGCUGUCGGCCCCACACAUCCCAGAGAAAUGA